UAUGUUGAUACACGUUAGAAAUGUAUUCAGUAUUGAUGGGAUCGAUGGGAUAGCCAACGCCAGACACCUGAUUCUCAAAUCUUACAGCGAUUUUUUUCGAAACUAAAAUUCAUCAGUAAUACGGCCAUUAUUGAAACUUUUAUAGAAAAAAACCAUUUGGUGCUAUUCUUUCAAAUUCAUCGGUUAAUUUGUUUUGUUCAUUCACAGUUAUGGGUACACCGAUAAAGAUUGGAAUAAUUGGGGGAACUGGCCUUGAUGACAGCCAAAUAAUCGAAGCUCGUGUGGAAAAAGUGGUCAACACUCAUUUUGGAAAUCCUUCUGAUGUUUUUAUUGAGGGUAAGAUUGCUGGUGUUGAUUGCGUUUUGCUGGCACGCCAUGGACGAAAUCACUCUAUAAUGCCAUCUAAUGUAAAUUAUCGUGCCAAUAUAUGGGCUCUCAAGUCUCUUGGAUGUACUCAUUUAAUUGUAUCGACUGCAACGGGAUCACUACAAGAGAACAUUCACCCUGGAGAUAUAGUCAUUCCUGAUAAUUUCAUUGAUCGAACUACUAAGAGAGCUCAAACAUUUUUCGACGGCAAUGAAUUACUUGUUGGCGUUUGUCACAUUACUAUGGAACCAGCAUUUUGCACUCGUACUCGCGAAGUCUUAAUUGAAACUGCCAAGGAGUUGGGAAUAGGAGUUCAUCAAAAAGGAACUGUAGUUACAAUUGAAGGUCCACGGUUCUCCAGUAAAGCUGAGAGUAAAUUAUUUCGACAAUGGGGAGCUGAUCUGGUAAAUAUGACAUUGGUUCCCGAAGUUGUACUAGCAAAAGAAGCCGGACUUUGUUAUGCGGCCAUAGCGAUGGCGACGGAUUAUGACUGUUGGAGAGACUGUGGUGAAAAUGUUAAUGUAGCAGAUGUAAUGUCUACAUUCAAAAAAAACGUCACAAAGGUGACCGAACUUAUAACAACCGUUAUUCCGAAAAUUGCUGCUAUUGAUUGGACCGACACGUUUGAAGACCUGAAAAAUGUCGUAAAUGGAAGCAUUAUGCUACCUCAUUCAAACUAAAUGAUAGUAAUAUGAGGUAAAAUUUACAAAACUAUGAAGCAAAAACUAAGCUGUGUCAUAUUCGUUUGUACCUAGUCAAUUUCAUUGAUGUAUAUGAUUUCAAUGAUUUAUAAAAGAUUGAGUGAAUACAAAAUUUGACGCAA